GGGGGUCGCCUCCCGCCUCCCGCCUCCCGCCUCCCGCCUCCCGCCGCCCGCGUCGCCCUCGCCGCCGUUGGGCCGCGCCGCGCCGCCAUGUCGGGCCCCGGGCCGCGGGAGCCGCCGCCGCCGGAGGCAGGCGCGGCAGGCGGCGAGGCGGGCGUCGAGGGCGCGGGCGGCGGGGACGCGGCGCUGGGCGAGCAGGGACUGAGCUUCACGACCACCGACCUGAGCCUGGUGGAGAUGACGGAGGUGGAGUACACGCAGCUGCAGCACAUCCUCUACUCGCACAUGGAGGCGGCGGCUGACGGCGAGCUCGAGACGCGCCUCAACUCGGCGCUGCUGGCGGCGGCGGGCCCGGGCGCGGGCGCGGGCGGCUUCGCGGCGGGCGGUCUUGGGGGCGCGGCGCCCGUGUACCCCGUGCUGUGCCCGUCCGCGCUGGCGGCCGACGCGCCCUGCCUGGGCCACAUCGAUUUCCAGGAGCUGCGCAUGAUGCUGCUGAGCGAGGCGGGCGCGGCGGAGAAGACGCCGGGCGGCGGGGAUGGGGCGAGGGCCCGGGCCGACGGCGCCGCCAAGGAGGGCGCGGGCGCGGCUGCGGCUGGACCCGAGGGCGCGCCCGAGGCCCGGGCCAAGCCGGCCGUGCGCGUCCGCCUGGAGGACCGCUUCAACAGCAUCCCCGCCGAGCCGCCGCCCGCGCCGCGCGGCCCCGAGCCCCCCGAGCCGGGCGUGGCGCUCAACAAUUUGGUAACUCUCAUUCGACAUCCAUCUGAAUUAAUGAAUGUUCCUCUUCAUCAACAACAAAACAAAUGUACAACAUUAGUGAAAAAUAAAACUGCUGCUACAACUACUGCUUUGCAGUUUACAUACCCACUGUUUACUACAAAUGCUUGCUCUACUAGUGGAAAUUCUAAUCUUUCACAGACACAGAGUUCUAGUAACUCAUGUUCUGUCCUUGAAGCUGCCAAGCACCAGGAUAUUGGAUUGCCUAGAGCAUUUUCUUUCUGUUAUCAGCAAGAAAUUGAAUCCACUAAACAGACAUUAGGUAGUAGAAACAAAGCUUUGCCUGAGCAAGUUUGGAUUAAAGUGGGAGAAGAAGCGCUAUGCAAACAAGCACUGAAGAGGAAUCGGAGUAGAAUGCGUCAGUUGGACACAAAUGUAGAGCGAAGAGCCCUUGGAGAGAUUCAGAAUGUGGGCGAAGGUGCCACUGCCACACAGGGCGCUUGGCAGUCCUCGGAGUCCUCACAGUCAAACCUGGGGGAGCAGGCCCAGAGUGGGCCCCAGGGAGGAAGGUCUCAGCGUAGGGAGAGGCAUAACCGAAUGGAAAGAGAUAGAAGGCGCAGAAUCCGCAUUUGCUGUGAUGAGUUGAAUCUCUUAGUACCGUUCUGCAAUGCCGAGACUGACAAGGCCACAACUCUGCAGUGGACCACAGCAUUCCUGAAAUAUAUCCAGGAAAGACACGGAGAUUCUCUUAAAAAGGAAUUUGAGAGUGUAUUUUGCGGUAAAACUGGCCGAAGGCUAAAGCUGACCAGACCAGACUCCUUGGUGGCCUGUCCUGCACAGCAGAGUCUACAGAGUAGCCCCUCGAUGGAGAUCAAGUGAUUGGACUGAAGAGGAAUCCUUUGGGAGUGAACAGCCAUUCCUUCGUGAUCUAUGCACAUUUUCUGCAAUCCUGGAACUCUGCUCGGAUCGUCUGACUCGAAAAGGACGUGACUCAAGCUGACGGGACUCCAGUAGGGACUUUGAGAGCACAUUUUGUAAAAAUAUUUAUCUAGAACCAAAUACUUAUCCAUGAAUGUCCUCUUAGACCAUUUGGGGAUGAAGCCAUCUGAAUAAUUAGUAAGCAUUUUUUCAAUGCCCUGAUUCCAUCAUGUUUUCUUAACAUGAUAAAAAAUUAACAUCCUUUGUACUUUCUUUAAUCUUAAAAAGUACACUGCUUUUUACUUACUGUAUUUACAUUUUAAAUACGCCCCUUUAGCAAUUGGAACAAGUUAAAUUGUUAACUCAAAACAGUUUGGAAAUUUUAUUUCAUUUGUUAUGUCACACCCCCUUGUAAUGAUUCCGAGUCACGUGGUGGUGUAUUGCAACAUGCAGGACCAUUUUAAACCUUUGUGCUAAACAUUUUCCAGAUACUUGCUUUAAAGCUACUUUUGUCCACAAAUGAAAUACUGUCACAGUAGAUGCUUAAAUGCCCACAUUUUCAUAUCGAGAGUCAUUACUUUAUGUGUAAUAAACUGUGGUGUUUGGAAUUGAGUUUUUAAAUGAGUGGCUUUAUUUAUCACAACAGGUAAUAGCAAUAGACGUUAGUGCAAUACAAAGUCACCCUCAAUAAAUACUGUGAAUUGGAGAUGCAAGUUUGUACACAAAACAUCAGACUACACCUUUGUAUGGGAGAGAAUUUACUGUACAUUAAAUUCUUUAUUUUUUGUUA